AUGAGCUGGAGUCUGUUGCCAUCCAGUCCUCUAGGGUCCUCUCCCAGAAAACAUGGAGACCGCUACAUUCCCUCCCGAUCAGGAGCUAAUUGGAGUCUGCACUUCUAUAGCAUGGACGACUCUACCAGCUCCCCCAGGCAGAAACAGAAAGAGGAUCCUUGGGGCAAUGGCAAAGAGGACUCCAUCUACUCGGCCUUGUUGAGGAAUGAGCUUCUGGAAGCUGAGAUCCAGACAGUUCAGUAUCGGAAAGCAGAGAACCAAACAGCAGGUACACCAACCAAGAACCUCUUCACAUAUUCCCCCAUCACUAAGCGCUGGAGACCUGAUGAUGGCAGUGAGAUCGCCCCAUAUGCCUUAUCCCCGAUCAGCAACAAAAGCCAGACUCUGCUUCUAUCACAACAGAAACCUACUAAGAAAAUCCCUCAGGUGCCAUUCAAAGUCCUUGAGGCCUCAGGGCUCCGGGAUGACUUUUACCUGAACCUGUUAGAUUGGUCUUCCCUCAACAUCGUGGCCGUUGGACUGAGCACUUGUGUUUAUCUGUGGAGUGCAUAUACAUCCCAAGUGACACGGCUCUUUGACCUGUGUGAUGAAGGAGAUUCUGUAACCUCCGUGGGCUGGUAUGAAAGAGGGAACUUGUUAGCAGUUGGCACACAGAGAGGCUUCGUGCAGAUCUGGGACGUAGAUGCUGAGAAGAAAGUGUCCACGCUGGAGGGCCACAAAGCAAGAGUUGGUGCAUUGGCCUGGCAUGCAGACCAGAUUUCUUCUGGGAGUAGAGACACACGGAUCCUCCAAAGAGACAUCCGGGCAUUACCCCUGCAGUCUCAGCGCUGGCUGCAAGGUCACAAGCAGGAGGUGUGUGGGUUGAAGUGGUCCCCGGAUCACCAGCUGCUGGCAUCAGGUGGAAACGACAACAAGCUUUUGGUCUGGAACCACUCCAAUUUAAGGCCUGUCCAGCAGUAUGCCAAUCAUAAGGCAGCCGUGAAGGCCAUCGCAUGGUCUCCCCACCAGCACGGCCUGUUAGCAUCAGGUGGCGGUUCAGCUGACCGCUGCAUCCGCUUCUGGAAUACGCUGACGGGGCAGCCCCUGCAGCGCAUCGAUACCGGUGCCCAAGUGUGCAACCUGGCCUGGUCCAGACAUGGCAACGAGCUGGUCAGCACCCAUGGAUAUGCCGAAAACCAGAUCGUUGUCUGGAAGUACCCCUCCCUGACACAAGUAGCCAAACUCACAGGCCACUUAUACCGAGUCUUGUAUCUGGCCGUGUCUCCUGAUGGACAGUCCAUAGUUACAGGGGCUGGAGAUAAGACCCUGAGAUUCUGGAAUGUUUUCCGUAAAGCCCGUUCACAAAAGGAAUCUGGAUCAGCCCUCAGUCUCUUCACAAGAAUCCGGUAA